AACGGACCCGAUCCUGGGAUUAAGGGAAGGCGUGAGCACCGCCCAGGACCUGGUAGGGUUCGGGCUGCGAGUCGUCCGGGAGGGAGCGCGCCUAGGGCGGAGCGUAGCUGUGGGGAGGGCCGGGCGUGCGGGGCCGCCCCCCACUAGUACUCCUCCCGGGCCUCUGCUCUCCGCCCGUGGGGACGGGGGGGGGGCUGGGUGGGAAGAGGCGUGUGCCAGCGCGCGCGCUCCCGGGAAGGAGAGGUCUAAGCACUAGAACCAGCGGUCCCAGGUUUUCAGAAGGGAGUAUCUGGGCAGUCUGCGAGCGGCUGGGGCCAGACGGGGCCGGUCGAGGAAGCGGGCACGAUGGCCGCCCUCCUGCUGCUACCCCUGCUGCUGCUGCCGCUGCUGCUGCUGAAGCUGCGCCUAUGGCCGCAGUUGCGCUGGCUCGCGGCAGACUUGGCCUUCUCGGUGCGAGCCCUACGCUGCAAACGGGCCCUUCGAGCGCGCGCCCUGGCCGCGGCUGCCGCAGACCCGGAAGGUCCAGAGGGGGGCUGCAGCCUGGCCUGGCGCCUCGCGCAGCUGGCCCGGCAGCGCCCCGCGCACACCUUUCUCAUUCACGGCGCGCAACGCUUUAGCUACGCGGAGGCCGAGCGCCAGAGCAACCGGGCUGCGCGCGCCUUCCUGCGCGCGCGAGGCUGGGACGGGGGACACGGCGGCGGCGACAGCGGCGCGGGGGGCGCCGGGGAAGGCGAGCGGGCGGUGCACGGCGUACGAGACGCGGCGGCCGGAAGCGGAGCUCCGCGGCCCGUGCGGGAAGGGGAUGGUGCGGCCCCUCUGGCACCUGGGGCCGUCGUGGCGCUGUUGCUCCCCGCCUGCCCAGAGUUCCUGUGGCUCUGGUUCGGGCUGGCCAAGGCCGGCCUGCGUGUGGCCUUUGUGCCCACCGCUCUGCGCCGGGGUCCCCUACUGCACUGCCUCCGCAGCUGCGGCGCCCGCGCGCUCGUGCUGGCGCCAGAGUUCCUGGAGUCCCUGGAGCCUGACCUGCCGGCCCUGAGAGCCAUGGGGCUCCACCUGUGGGCUGCAGGCUCUGAAACCCAUCCUGCUGGAAUCACCGAUUUUCUGGCUGAGGCCUCCGCUGAAGUGGAUGGGCCAGUGCCCGGGUACCUGUCUGCCCCCCAGAACAUAAUGGAUACGUGCCUGUAUAUCUUCACCUCUGGCACCACAGGCCUCCCCAAGGCUGCUCGGAUCAGUCAUCUGAAGGUCCUGCAAUGCCAAGGAUUCUACCAGCUGUGCGGCGCCCACCAGGAGGAUGUGAUCUACCUUGCCCUCCCACUCUACCACAUGUCUGGCUCCCUGUUGGGCAUCGUGGGAUGCUUGGGCAUUGGGGCCACAGUGGUGCUGAAGUCCAAGUUCUCAGCUGGUCAGUUCUGGGAGGACUGCCAGCAGCACGGGGUGACGGUGUUCCAGUACAUCGGGGAAUUAUGCCGAUACCUUGUUAACCAGCCCCCGAGCAAGGCAGAGCAUGGACAUAAGGUCCGGCUGGUGGUGGGCAGCGGGCUGCGACCAGACACCUGGGAGCGCUUUGUGAGGCGCUUCGGGCCCCUGCAGGUGCUGGAGACGUAUGGACUGACAGAGGGCAACGUGGCCACUUUCAACUACACAGGACAGCGGGGUGCCGUGGGGCGCGCCUCCUGGCUUUACAAGCAUGUCUUCCCCUUCUCUUUGAUUCGCUAUGAUGUCACCACAGGGGAGCCGAUUCGGAACACCCAGGGGCUCUGUGUGGCCACAUCUCCAGGUGAGCCAGGGCUGCUGGUGGCCCCCGUGAACCAGCAGUCACCAUUCCUGGGCUAUGCUGGGGGGCCAGAGCUGGCCCGGGGAAAGCUGCUGAAGGAUGUCUUCCAGCCUGGGGAUGUUUUCUUCAACACUGGGGACCUGUUGGUUUGCGAUGACCAAGGCUUUCUUCGCUUCCACGAUCGUACUGGAGACACCUUCAGGUGGAAGGGGGAGAAUGUGGCCACGACUGAGGUGGCUGAGGCCUUGGAGGCCCUGGAUUUUCUUCAGGAGGUGAACGUCUACGGAGUCACUGUGCCAGGGCACGAAGGCAGGGCUGGGAUGGCAGCCCUGGUUCUGCGUCCCCCCCACUCUUUGGACCUUGUGCAGCUCUACGUCCGUGUUUCCGAGAACUUGCCACCUUAUGCCCGGCCUCGAUUCCUAAGGCUUCAGGAGUCACUGGCCACCACAGAGACCUUCAAGCAGCAGAAGGUUCGGAUGGCAAAGGAGGGCUUUGACCCAAGCGCACUGUCCGACCCCCUCUACAUUCUGGACCAGGCUGGGGGCGCCUACCUGCCCCUCACACCUGCCCGAUACAGUGCCCUCCUGGCCGGGGACCUUCGCAUCUGAGAGCCUCCACACCAGUGUGCCUGAGGGAGGGACUUUGUGGGGUGGGGUUAUUGCAGGUGUAUCAGCCGCUGUCAGGGAUCUCUUCUAUACCAGGUUUGUAAUCUUUAUUUUGUAAUAAAUGUGGCCAGAGCCCAUUUGGCUCUG